AUGCACUCCCUCGAGUACGAGGAGGAGUACGACGACGACCUCGACGACCUCUUUGGCGAGGAGGAGGACCCGCUCUUCGUCGACACACGGAAACCUGUCGCCACCCCGGGUGCUGGCCCCUCGAAACCUGCGUCAGCACCUGCGCCGGCGCUCAAGCCCGUCAAGGCGAAACCGAUUACGAGUGGGAGUGACUCAAGACGGGAAGAGAAGUUCUCUGCUAGUCGACGGCUAGACGAGCUACGUGCACGCAAGGCGACGAUACCGCCGCCGCCGGCUAGAGGUGUGCCGUCGCUGCGUAACCUGGCCAUGUCUGUCAUCCUCAGCAACGCGCCUCGUAUCUGGGAUAUCGGAGGGCUCGAGUACGGGCUCUGUGCCGAGCUGCUUGACCAGCUGCCGAGAGAGCAGUUGGCCGAGAUCGAGGGAGCUUCGGAGAAAGCAGUCCAAGAAUCCGAGGAGAGGAAGGAACAAGCGAUGGAGCGUGUCGCCGCUCGGUACAAGGAACUCGACGCGCAGCGUGCCAGCAAGCGAGUAGUGGUCAUGGAGGGCCUCGUCGCGCCGCAGAAGAAGCGCUCGGGCUGGUCGUCCUGGGGCGGCGGGGGGUCCCAUUCCCUCAGUGGUGCUCGGCGCGGCGCGAGCGCUGCAGCGACCUAUGCCCAGAGCGGGGGCAACAAGGCCCUCGCAAAGGCGCGCGCCGAGUCGAAUCGCGCCCGAUUAGCUUUGACCAAGGCUUCUGGACGCUUCAGCGGCCCGCCCGUAGUGCGCACGCCGCGCAACGAGGUCGCGGCCCAAGUCGAGGAAGCCAUGUUCAGCAACCCGUACGCCGGGCGCGCCAAAGUGGCACAGGGGCCGCGUAUCCCCCGCCCUCGAGUGCCUCUGCCGAUGGAACGGAGGUCGGAACUCCCAGCGCACAUCAAGCCCGAGAAAGUGGAAGCGCCGGGCGAACGGUUCACACUCGGAUCGCGCGCGCCUAGAGCCCCGAGACCAGUCGAGGAGAGAGAGAAGGGCAAAGGCAAGCACAAGGAGGAGGUGGAGCCGAGCAAGCCGACGAGUUUCUUCGAACCCAAGUCGAGAGUCCUCAACGCCAUUUCGGACUUUAAGCCGUUAGGUUCUGGUUCAGGUUCGGGAUCGAAGCGACCAAGGGACGACCGCGUUAAGAGCGAGCGGAACGGGAAGAAAGUCAAGGUGGAAGAGGACGACGACAUCUUUGGCUCGUCGCCGGCCAACUCGCCCCAACACUCGCCGCGUAACUCACCCGCACCCGGAGUUUCAACGCCCAGGACGGCUUCGCCUGUCUCGAGGACCGGGACCCAGUCGCCUGUUCCGAGAACGGCGACGGCGUCGCCGAGCGAGCUCACGAGUGGAGGGACGAACACGCCGCCACAGAGACCGCUGCCGAUGCGUCCGAGGAAACCGCAGAAUCUCGAGAGCGUGCUGUUCAUGAAGAAGAAGAAGCCUGUCAAGCGGCCAUGA